AUGCACCGCAUAUUUCCGCCUGCAUAUCCGCGCACGCGCUCCAACAGACCUCUGCAUCGCCUCCGACCUCAACUCAGACAGAACCCAAUCCGUCUUCUAUCCAUCUCUGACAAUACUUCCGACUCUGACAAUAAUCUCCAGAUUCUGACAUGUGGUCAGCUUGUGCCUGUGCUCAAGUCAAGGGUUCGUCCAUAUGAGAAUCUUGCACUGCGUCAACUCUCGCUGGCUCAAGAGAAUGCCAUUAUCAACUGCUAUGACCUUUCUGAUUUAAUCGAUGGCCCUGAAAUCGAUCCAGAUGACCCCCAUGAACAUGAGCAUGUGUAUGAUGAGUAUCCGGCAUCCAUACUGCGAAGCCCGUAUUUAGCAACAUACAAACCCGACGAUAGUCUCAAAGGGAAAGUUGCCAGAUACCUUGGUUGUGUCAUAUCCAUACAAUCCCGACCUCCGCUCCGGGCUCCUGGAACUCCGAACUCCGACUUCCAGAGCCCUACUUCCCUUCCGUCACCUUCUCCUUGCCAACUCCCAAGAGGUUAUCCCACCUCCGGCUCGGACACCACCUUCGGUCCGACUCCGGAACAUUCCGGGUCCGACCCCAACCUCGACACCUUCCAGACGAAACCUCCGGUCUUAGCUCCGACCUCGGACUUUUGA